GCGCUGUCAUAUGUUUGGGUCAGUACUCUGUCCCCGUCUCUCACACGCAGCCGUGUCCCCGGAAGAAGCAGUGAACCCUCACGCAGUCUCUCUCCAUCCGUCCCAGCUGGCGCGUCCCGUUGCGCACAGCGCAGUUUCCAACACCGAUUGCCAACAACCCUAUUGCGUCUUCUGGAUUCCUCCGAACCCCAAAAUUGGUUCUUGGGGCGAUAACUCCAACUUUAGGACUCAGUAUGUUUCAUGUCUGGAAGACAUACGAUCGGUGACAGGAAGACUCGGGGGAGUUGAAGUGUCGCAGAAACAAGGACGAGGCUUGGCUCUCCCCCGAGCAGUUUGCGCAAGGUGAUACAGUAGAGGCUGUUUGAACGCACGACCGCAUUACAUGGAUUUCCUCACCAGCAGCCACGUAUGAUGUUACCUCUUAGUCUUUGAGUUCUCAUUAGUUCGUGUUUCCUUAACUUGCCUGCUGAAACUUCAGUCAGUGAAUCCCUUUGAGAGCGGCAGGAUGGGCUCUCUGACCGGCUCAGCUCUGCAGAAACAGACCCUCUUCUGGUUCAUUCUAGUUUCUCAGUGUGUGUCGGCACUGGGGUGUGGACCCGACUACGAAUACGCAAUCGAGGAGAUCUGCCUGGCAAAAUUCAGACUGGACAUGCAAGAGCUGGAUCAGAGACGCUGGUGUAGCUGGGAGGACACAGUCGAUCUCUAUGGCGAGCUGACCAACUGCACAUAUCUGUGGGCCCUGAAGAUGGAGUGCUUCUGGCCCAACCGGCUUGUGGACGAGUUCUUCAUCCAAGUCCACAGGCACUACUUCCACGACUGCUCGCUGACUGGAAGGCUCCUCAAGGACCCCCCGAACCGCAUCCUGGGGCCCUUCAUCGUUGUGCCCAUCCUGGUCACCCUCCUCAUGACAGCGCUGGUGGUGUGGAGGAGCAAGCGCAGCGAGGGGAUUGUGUAGUAAAACAUUACUCAGACUCAAGUCAAGAGGUACUUUUUGUCCCUAAAGUUACGUCAUUCUACCCCUCAGCGACCAAAGGAUCUCUUUUCCUGUGUUUUAAUAAUUGGAGAAAGGGUUUCAACAAGGACACAAUCACCACAUUAUGGACCUGGAUGAGGAGCUGAAAGAGACUUAAAAACCAGACCUUUCUUCAGUGAUACUUCUGCAGAAUGAAACUUUGAAAGAAAGCUCCCAUCUUUUCAUACAUGGACAGAAAUCAUUUCUUUGGCCUACAGAGCACAGAAGUUAUGAGAUGCUUACAUGAACCUGAUCUGUACCAGGACAGUGACUGGCUAAGAAUAUACUGUAAAUAUAAAAAUACACUUCAGUGAGAGAAAUGGCUUGCAAAGGAAUUUUGGUGAUAAUGUUAUUACACGUACAAUAAUUAAUCCAUUGUCUACAGCCCGACAGGAGCACGCAGCAGCGCUUAAAGGACGAAGAUGGGACAGAUACUCAGACCUCUGUUAGGUAUCCCAGGGAUAUGAACUUUAUGUGUGCAUACAUACAUACAGGUAACUGUAAAUAUACAAAGUAUAUACUGCAGUGUCUUCAUAACACACUCGAGACAACCAAUCAUAGUACGUGUAAUUAAUAUGUGCUGAUUUUGAAAGAAGUGUUUUAUAUUCGACUCUUCCAUGUACACAUCAUACGAAGAGCACAUCUUCACCUGCACAUCAGACUGACUCGCUCCCCCGAGUGGGAAAUGGAAACUUGUUUCUAUGGCGUAAUGUACAUUCAUCGAGUCCUAAAAAAAAAAUACGCAGGACGUGAUGUGCAGGGCUGACAGUUCAGACUACAGAGAGAACAUGAAGCAAAGGGUUAAGUUAACCAAACACACAUCCCUGCCAAAAGUUGCCAUAGCCCUAAAGCAGAGUUUGUGUAUCAUGAACCGCGGGUUUCUAUUGAUUUAUGGUCUCCCAGUGUGGUGGAGAGUUCCGCGUGAACCACUUCCUCACGGACACUUUUGAAUGCGCCCUUCCCUCCGUAGAUUCAUUGACCUGUUACCCGCCUGACAGCAGAACACGCUUUAAAACACGCCCACGCUACCACACAACUCCUCAGUCUUACUUUGUAUCUUGUGCCAAAAGCUCUUAGAGAACAGAGGGGCAGUGUUUGAAAUGGAAUGUUGAAUUUUCUGUUGGAAUGACUUCUAAUGACUGAUAUUUUAAAUCAAUGAUCAUGGGCAAGCGUUUAAUAAAAUGUUUGAUGUGUCUGUUA